AUGAAGUGGCUACCUAUCAACAAAGAGAGGAAUAGAUACAUGACGCCUACACGAUACAUUCUGAACACAAAAGUUCUUGUGCUCCUAGUGCUGACUUUGGUAUGUUUUGUAUCGCUGGAGUCACUGCGAGAUGUGUACCAGAUGACCGUGGUCAAGUUGAGUGACUCUGGCGCUUGCAAGGAGUCCUGCACUCAUAACACAACCACAUGGAAGGACAAGACGACUUUGGCACAUAUGGUGCGUAACUAUAGAAACAUGGAGUACACGCCGUUCAAGUUUGUUAAUUACCUCGGAAACAGAAAUAUCCCCGCGGGGUUAAAGGAAGCAGACGCUUGUAAUUACAUAUCUCACGAGAGUAAACUAGAGUAUGCCAACGUCACCAAAUUCAUCAGACCUAACUUUAAAGUGCUGAGUGAAAGCGUCAAGAAGACAGACCCUAGGUGGCAUGACUUCUUGAAAGGAAUCGCUGGUGACAAAUCCAUUGACGAUACGUUGGAUAAGAAAUGGUUCAUGUUUGGCUCCUCUGCCGAGUGGCUCGAAGAGGAACAGUGCUACGUUGUAUACAGCAGACUCAUUAUCUCCAAGGAAGAAAAUCGUGAACACCCAUCUAUUUCAUUAGUAGCCGCACAAGCGUUUGACAAAGACUGGAAGGAAAUUUAUGGGAAAAGGAUCAAGUAUAUUGAUGUAGAAACUCCAGAAAAUCUCGAUGAGCAGUUCAAAGCCAUUGAGAUGAAAUAUAACUUGACUGAAAGCUGCAUGCCUGGGAAAUCUGCUAAAACCCUUCCAAAAAAUAAAGACCCACAGUUUGAUGAGCAAGAACACUGCUUGAAACAAUUGGAAGCAAGAUUUAAAAUGGCGAAGGAGGAAAAAGAAGAACUAAUUGCCAAAUAUUAUCGAGUAUACCCAACUGUACUUGAUAUUCCCUUCAAGGCUACUGGUAACUUGGAUUAUAUGGGACCAGAGGAUCCUAAGAUCUUAAUUAGAAGGAAUCAUGAUGGCCAACAGGAACCUAUUGUUGUUUAUAAUAUGCAAGACAACAACUAUGAGCAAAGACUAAUGUUUGUCGUGUUGCCUCAUAGAAAAAUUAAUCCAAUUGUUCCACUGGUGGAUAAAGAAUAUAAAAUAGGUGGGACACAGAAAAACUGGACACCUUUUAUUCAUGAGGGUGACGCCACUUCCGAUGGAUCAAGAGGAUUCAUGCAUGUUGUCCAGCAUAUGUCACCUACAAGUAUCCUAAAAUGUUCUUUGGACAAUGGAAAAUGCAAAUAUAUAUUCGAUGCAGCCAAAAUACCAAGCCUGAAAGAUGUCGGAGUUAAAGAGCUGAGAGGUGGUUCUGCGUUUGUUAAGAUACCUCAUGGUAUACCAGAGUUAGAUGGAAGGAACUUAUGGAUUGCCAUGAUCAAGAGCCAUCAGGGUCAUUGUGGUAUUUCAUUCAAGUUUUAUAGACCACAUUUGGCAAUUAUGGAAGAAAAAGAUGGUAAAUUUAGCAUGCUAUCUUACUCUAGCGCUCUACAUUUUGAUCGUGACGUAUUGAGUUGGGAUGGUAAUAGCACUUAUGCCGGAUAUAUAAAUAUCAUGUCUCCAAAUUCAAUUGUUUCCUGGAACAUAAUUUCUCACAAUCAUGAAAAUGACACCUAUGAAGAUUAUAUGGAGUUGUCUUUUAGCGAAUCAGACUAUAUGAGUUACGUUGUUACUGUCAGAGGAGUUCUUGAUUAUAUAUUACAGGUAUUAAGAGAUGGCUCGGAUCGAAAGUUUCUUGAUUGGACUUCCAAAGAUUUAGCAACCAUGGUUGGUACACCACCAAAAUGCGUGCGCUCAAAUCUGAAACAACAUUGCUCAGUGUACGGUAACGCACACAAAGAAGAUAUACCAAAGAAACUGUAUACCUGA